CAUUAUCCUCUUGUGAUCUCCCCACUCCAUCGUUAUAAAGAGGUUCAGUGUCCAUAUUCACUGCCAGUCUCCAUUCAGCCUUGUAUUGUGCGCGCGUUGUGUGAAAAUUAAAAUAAUGAAGGCGACGUUAUUUUUGUUUGCUGUAUUGAUUGUGGCGGUAUCCUGCCGGCCAGAGAAGUCCGACAUAGCGAAGGCGAAGGCCGAGUUCGCUCGCAAGAAGGCCUGCAUGAAGGACUGUGCCAACAUUAAGGUGGACCCGAUCUGCGCCGGCAAGCAAGGAGAGAAACCCAAGUCUUUCGGCAAUGAGUGCGUUUUGCAGAACCACAACUGCGAACAUAAGGAUUCGCUCCACAAGAUCAGCAGUGGCCAGUGCCCAGGGGCGGAAGGCAUUCGUCUGUCUUAAAUAAAUAUACAUUUUAAGACAUUUUUAUUUCGUCCAUUUAUGUUAAUAAAACUUAUCUUUGUCCUGAAAUAAAACUGCUUGUAAAGCUUUACACACACAAACACUUUAGAGCUAACAAUUUAAAAAGAUUGGUAAGCAAAGUUCAGCUUAAUGAUAGAACUGAGACAAGUAUUCCAUUUCAAACAAAGCUUUUUCGUUAGAUAAAUUUCAAUUAUUUCGUUAGAUAAGUUUUAAUUAUUCGAAUAAUUUGGACAGCUAAAAUUUUUGCCUUUUAAAUGGAUGUCUCAUUUAAAGAUGCUGUGAUUUAUUAGACAUCAACAUCGCAUUAAACUGCAUUUAAUAUAUUUCUGUAAGCAUUACCAUAGGAAUUUUAUUGUGUUUACAAACUUUGUGUAUUUACCUAAUAUGAAAUACAACUGCUUGCUAUGUC